AUGACUAAUGCUGUAAAAAUCGAUAUCGACCCAAUGCUAGAAUUUCAAAAGAACUACUUCGGUCCUGGAUGUAAUAAUUCUUUUGCUUCUAUCAAUGUUUCGGCAGCUUCGGAUAAUUUACUUGAAUCUAUAGGUUCAUUGAGCCUCUGUCGACGUGAUAGUAGUUUGGUUUUCUUAAUUUUAAUGCUGGGUACAGUAUGGCUUGGUAUAUAUUUGCACAAUUUUCGAAGAAGUCCUUUAUUUGAUGCAGAUAAGAGAGAAUUUCUCUCCGACUAUUCUUUGGCUAUAUCGGUCUUAAUAUUUACUUUAGUCAAGUCGUUUGCUUUUAGUGAAAUCAGAGUUGAAGAAUUCAAUUUUUACAACGAUACGUUAAUAACUGCACCUAACAUGAAAAGUGUUACAGUUGCAAAUGUUUUUGCUGCCAUGGGACUUGGAUUUCCACUUUCUUUACUCUUCUUCAUGGAUCUCAACAUCACUAGUGGAAUUAUUAAUAGCUCUACAAAUAAUUUAAAGAAAGGCCCAGCAUACCAUUUUGACCUAUUGGUUUUAGCUUUUAUUAACCUUAUGUUAUCCAUUAUGGGUUUACCUUGGGUUCAUGGAGGAUUACCUCAUUCUCCAAUGCAUGUGCGAGCACUUGCAGAAGUUGAGCAAAGAGUUGAUCAAGGACGUAUUCAUGAAAAAAUUACCAGAGUCAGAGAGACAAGAACAGCAGCUCUGCUAUCUCAUCUGCUGAUUGCAUUAUCCUUUUUUUUAUUAUUGCCUAUUCCUAUUCAAAUGAUCCCUCUGGGUGUAUUAGAUGGCCUCUUCCUUUAUAUGUCUCUGAUUGGCACAAAAAACAAUCAAUUAUUUGAACGUAUUGCGCUAUUAGUAACUGAACAAGCUGCCUAUCCUCCAGCACAUUAUAUAAGGAGAGUGCCCCAACGAAAAAUUCAUAUCUUUACUAUAACACAAGUUCUUCAAUUGGCCAUUCUAUGUACUGUUAGUUUUUCACCAUUUAAAUACUUGAAACUAAUAUUUCCAAUCAUCACCUUUGGUUUAGUCCCAUUCAGAUGGUUUGUUGUUCCAAAAUUUGUCGAAAAGAAAUACUUAGAAGCCCUAGAUAUUAACCUCGAGAAAACUACAAUGCAAUAA